GUGGAAAAGGAAGGAAGAAAAAGGACACACAGAUCGAUUGAGCGGACGCAAUAGCGGUGGCGAGGAAACCCAAGAAACCCUAAGCAAGAAACCCUGAUUGAUUGCGCGGCGUGCCGGAGAUGGAGCUCAGCGACAGCGAGCUGGCGGGGGUGAAGAGCUACAGAGAGUACAUCGAGUUGACGGAGAAGAAGGAGGAGCAACUUCGUAAAGACUGCGAGAUUAAGGACAAGGGGACAUAUGGGGAGCAGGAGAUUGAGGAACACAGUAAAAGCAGCAGGUCCUUUUAUUCCUCCCGUUCUCCUUCCCGCGUCGAUGCAGUUCUUCAAAAUACUCUUCCCAGGAGAUCCAUGCAGCUCUUCUCCAUCAAAGUCACCAAACCAAGAUUGGGUCUCAUCUGGCCACUGCAGGUUUAUGGCUCUGUUGCUUUGAGGAACUCUAUGGGAAGUAAAGCCAGCUAUCUCUUCAGAUGCACCAAGGAUAGCUGCCAAACCCUCACUCAAAAGGAUCCAUUUUUGCGCUUAACAGGCCCAUCUUGUGCCAUUUGGUUACUUGGCAGGGUUUCUGUUGAUGUUCAGUUAAAAGUAAAGUGCAAAAAAGAGUCUGAGGAUGAAGUGUUGGCUUACAAAUUUUAUGAGUUUUUUCAAGAUUUUCCGUUUCAACGUGUGCUGCAAGUACCUAUUCGCUGCAUGCGCUGCACACUUGAGUUUAAUGUCACAGUGCUGCCUUCGUCAGUUGAGGCCACUGUGGGUGUCCGAGUUGUUGAUGGGUCAUGGCCUGAUCAGUGUCGAGGGCUGGUUGUUUGCAAUACCGACAGUGUAAAAGAUGGGAAAGUGGUGCUGCUUGAUUCUCAAGAUGGAAAACUGCCUACCAAGUCUGAUGGUGUGGUUGAGCUUGUGAGGCGUGUUGUUUCUGUAGAUGAGCCAAAGGGAAAACUGAUUAUAUCUGUGGAGGCCUCUCGUGAUGGGUUUUCCGCACAAGGUACAGUCGACUUUCAGAUGCAAGCGUCAGGAAGAAGUACUGACAUGUGUGAUCUUGUUUUCUGCAAGAUGGAGGUUACAGUUUGUUGGUCUCCUCUUCUUCUGCAAAAUAUCCUAGAAUAGCCAUGGUUUGCCCAACUGAGCUAUUGAACAAUUUAGUUGCGUAUUGUGAUGUUAUGGUACCAUAGUUGUUUAAUUAUGUCCACUGAUAUGUGGUGUUACUCUCCGUCAGUUCAGCUAAUUAGCAGUUGCUAAUGAACUUUGGCACUGUGCGAUGUACCUUAUUUGUGGAAGUUAACCUUAUAUUGGUAUUCGGUGCUA